AUGGGUAGAGAAGGUAUAAAGAAUUAUUAUCAGACAAAGAUCGAAGAGGCGGAGUUGGUUAUUAAUGAGAAAACACAAAAUUUAAGGCGUUUAGAAGCUCAGAGGAAUGCACUGAAUGCUAAAGUUCGAUUACUCAGAGAAGAAUUACAACUUUUGCAAGAACCCGGAUCAUAUGUUGGAGAAGUGGUUAAACUUAUGGGCAAAAAAAAGGUUCUCGUUAAAGUUCACCCUGAAGGAAAAUAUGUGGUAGAUAUUGCUCCGGACAUUGACAUUGUUCAAAUCACAGCAACAUGUAGAGUUGCCCUUCGCAAUGAUUCAUAUACUCUUCAUAAAAUUUUGCCUAAUAAAGUUGACCCACUCGUUUCAUUGAUGAUGGUGGAAAAAGUUCCGGAUUCAACAUAUGAGAUGGUGGGAGGAUUGGAUAAACAAAUUAAGGAAAUCAAAGAAGUGAUAGAAUUACCCGUAAAACAUCCUGAAUUAUUUGAAAGUUUGGGUAUCGCUCAACCUAAGGGAGUUUUGUUAUACGGACCUCCCGGUACCGGGAAGACUCUGUUGGCACGUGCUGUCGCUCAUCAUACAGAUUGUAAAUUCAUUCGCGUUUCCGGUUCAGAAUUAGUACAAAAAUACAUUGGAGAAGGAAGUCGAAUGGUUAGAGAAUUGUUUGUCAUGGCAAGAGAGCAUGCACCAUCUAUCAUCUUUAUGGAUGAGAUUGACUCGAUUGGGUCUUCACGUAUAGAAUCAGGUUCAGGAGGCGGUGAUUCAGAAGUACAAAGAACAAUGUUAGAACUGCUCAAUCAAUUGGACGGAUUUGAACCCACAAAAAAUAUAAAGGUCAUUAUGGCAACGAAUCGUAUCGAUAUUCUCGAUCCGGCACUGCUGCGACCCGGUCGUAUUGACAGAAAAAUCGAAUUUCCACCACCAUCCGAGGCUGCACGCGCAGACAUUCUGAAAAUUCAUUCGCGUAAAAUGAAUUUAACGCGUGGAAUUAAUUUACGCAAGAUAGCAGAAAAGAUGAACGGAUCUAGCGGUGCUGAAGUGAAAGCAGUUUGUACAGAAGGUGGUAUGUAUGCUCUUCGAGAACGUCGUGUGCACGUAACGCAAGAGGAUUUUGAAAUGGCCGUGGCCAAGGUUAUGAAGAAAGGAGAAGAGCAAAAUGAAAGUUUACGCAAACUUUGGAAAUAA